AUGGCAAUGAGGAAUAUAUUGCACUGUUUCAUAUGUCCUGCAGCACUUCCUUCCAGAUUAAUGGUGCGUCUUGUUGGAGAUGAAAAUGCCGAUAAGUGUGCCACAGCUCAACAAAGGCGUCUAGCAAACAUCAGGCCUAUUAUAGAAAUCAAUGAACUCACAAGAAUUUGUCCAGCUGCAACAGAUCCAUUAUUAGGGAAAUAA